CAAAAAUUCUUCCGAGGAUUCUUCUCUUGAACGCAACCAAGAAUUCGAAGAGUUCGAGAAAAUGCUAGAUUAAAUUCCUGUUCAGAGCAUACUACAACGCCAGCUUGCCAUCGUAUCUCUCUACCAAUUGUGAAACUUUUCAAUAAAAUAACUCAGGACUAGAUAAACUUCCAAAGCACAAAUUCGUUGAGAAAUUUCUUUCGGUAACGUUCAGAUUUUUAAGUGACGGAAAUGGAAGUGGAAUUACGUCAAACGAGUGAUUGUCCGGUGCUAAUUAAAACACAUACCAGCCAUUUUAAAAAAGGAUUGCUUCCGGUAGUUUUUCUCCUUGAACAUCGCAGUGAGUUUUUUUUAGGAACAGUGGUCGACGCAAGAUACUGGUGCAGAGCUACAGAGGCGUAAAUAUGAUAACCAUUCAACACUUAACGACAAAUUCGCUGAGAAGUCCGCCAUCCUAACCAAAUAAAUACCUGCAACGACGAUUUCGAACUGCGAUGGAACCUGACAGCUUUUGUCUUUACCGAGCCAUGGACCUUGGCCAGAUGGCUCUAGAGAAAGACGCGAGUUGAGACGGAGAGAAGCUAAACAUCAACACCAAAACCAAGGUUCUCAUUCUGACUGAUCAUUGUUCACAUGGGACAUGGUGUAAAAUAAAAGAGGAAGAGUACAAGCUUCUCAGGAAGUCCAGGAGGCAGCUGAAGCAUAUUUUAGGAAACCAUGGCACCAAGGCGUGGCUGACGCGCUAUACUCCAUUCAGAGAUAAAAUGGCUGGUAAUGUAGUCGACGAGGGAAUCAAGCUGGUAACUGAGGAGCUGUUCCAUGAUAUCCUGGAAAAGCAAUUCGGAAAGUGCACUAUUAAAAAGUUUACAGUAGCAAACACCUCAGGUGCAGGUGAAAAUUAUGCAUGCUCGUUAUAUCGCAUCACUGUUGAAGUUGAAAAGGAAGAUGGAACCGAAACUCAAGUCAAUUACAUUGCUAAAAUGGUACCACCCAACGACCCAAAUAUCCAAAUGAAAAGAUGUUUAGUCAUUUUCCCAAAAGAGGCUGCAAUGUAUGGAAAGGUUAUCCCCAAAUUGGAGGAGAUUUUCCAAGAAAAUGAUAUCAAGAUUAUUUUUGGUCCAAAAUGUUGGAAGACAGUAGAUCAUCUUGAAAUGCUGAUUAUGGAAGACUUGGGAGCGCGAAAAUUCACCAACGCAGAUCGACUCAAUGGAAUGGAUAUGCAACAUGCCAAAGCAGUUUUAUCGAAAUUGGCCCAGUUUCAUGCUGCCUCUGCCUGUGUUUUAGAGAAAAGCGAUUCUUCUGCGAAGCAAUUAUUAUCCUCAAUCUCCAGUGAGGAGGCGUUCAGCUUUUUCCGAGCGAUUCAGCCCAUGUUGUGGGGAAAUAUCGUCAAGCAUUUGCGAAUGUGGAAGACUUGUCAGGAGUAUGUUGAUCGGAUUGAAGGAAUGGUGAACAGGAUAGGGGACCUCUUUACAGAUGUAUAUACUCCGAAACCAGAUGAAUUUAAUGUGAUUUUACACGGAGAUCUAUGGGUCAACAAUAUAAUGUUCCAACACGAUGAAAAGGGUCUACCAACGGAAGUAUUGUUUGUUGAUUAUCAGAUGUCAAGAUAUGGUUCUCCGGUGCAAGAUCUGAUGUAUUUCAUUCUGUCGUCUACUGAAUAUUCCAUUAAAGUUAAGGAGUUUGAUUUUAUGAUAAAAUAUUACUACAGAGAAUUGGUGAAAAAUUUGAAGCUUCUCAAAUAUCCUAAAGCGCCGCCCACUCUCAUAGAUCUACACGUUGCCCUUGUGAAAAAAUGUUACUUUGGUAUUUCUGUCAGCACCGGUGUCAUGCCUAUGGCACUUCUGGACCCGAAUGAGAACGCCAAUAUGGAGAAUUUCGUGAAGGAUGACGAGACUGGAAGCCAAUUUAAACAGGAUAUGUACUUGAAUCCCCGGUUAAUAAGGGCAUGCGAAUCGAUAUUCCCCUUCCUGGAGAAUAAAGGAGCUUUCCAUGUUUAGGGCUCAAAAUUGAAUAAUUUUAUUAUCACAUCAUAUUCACAAUAUGCAGUGUUCUGUACCUAAAAAAGAUAAAUAUUUCCAACCAUCAUAAUAAUAUCCCCUCACCGUGUUUAUUACACUAGGCAAAGCCUUGCGUCAAACUUUUCACUACAUAGAAUAUGAGCCUACAAUAAGACUACACCUCAAUUACAUGAAAAGUCUUUGUAUCUAAAAAUUUGCUUGUAAUAUUGAAGUUUAGAUAAAUCUGAUUUUAGCUGUGCAAAUAUUCAAAUCACUGGUGCGAAAUUGAACGUGAAAAAAAGUUAGUUUGACUUCAGACCAGUCCUCCGGAGUGGUCUGUUUGAACUAACUCUCAUUCAGCGUUGCAGGGCUCACGCAUUGGACGUAAGUGCACAUGAUUUUAUCCAUGCUAUGGGCAGACCGCUGUUUGUGAUUAAAAAGGACAUCAUACAACUCACUGGUGGAGAAAGGUUGAGUUGAGAAAAAAGAUCGAAAUCGGUGUUGUAAUAUAAUAGUUUUCACGAGGUUCAAGAAGUAGAGACGCUCCGUGUCGUCCCAGGCAUCUAGGUAUUCCUUAUGAUCCUGGAGCUUUUUGAGGCGGUUAAUCUGUCCCCAAAACACUUUGAGGAGUGUCACGAAGCCCUGUUGGUCGUCUUAACUACGCGAGUCCAAUUGCAUCUUGCCUCAACGAAGUCUAAGCAAUUCUGAAAGUUCAUGAAAGCAAGCUGCUUUGUUCGAAAAUGUGUUUUCAAUACCAGUGGGAAGGGUGAUUGUAGAAAGCCUAUGAUGGAGGUGAGAGUAUCCGAUUCUAGUCGCGUUGAUUUGGAUGAAGAUUGGCCAGUGGUGGCUAUUUGAGAUCUCUUUCUCUAGAGCGUCCCAGAGCCAGUUGGUCGAGAUUGAUUUUGAGAGAGGGUUCUGCCAGGGAUAAAGUCGACAGGAUUCGAUCCAGCUAGAUAUUUGAAGAAGUGAAUUUAGCGGGGGUAGUAUGAUAUAUUGUCUGAUAUCUAAGAAAUUGGUUAGUCUAUUGAGUUCGGCGCUGAAAACAUUCCAGUUAGUAAAUGGAUGGAAAUAGUUCGAAACUAUUGUCAGGACGACAUCCGUGCUUCCUCCGAACAUCAGCUUUAACCUAAAUAGGAGACAAUGGCCGAGGGCUACCAGAUCCAGCUCAACGGAAUCGCUGCAGAUACUUUGUGCCGGGCGACGACGGCAUCAGCGCUGCUCCCAGAACCUGUGAGACCGCGAUUCCUGCUGAUCCCGCAACCCAAGUGGACGUUCCUCAACAUCGAUCCCAUCUGCAGUUUCUCCAUCUGAAUCUGCUGAUCUUCGACGUGCAUUGUCCUUUGCAGGAGCCAAAAGUGCCCAGAAAUGUCAGACACUCUUUCCGAUUUAUUGUGUUAAUUUUUUGUAUUUUGAUGAACUUCCGUUAAAUAAACUCAAUUAAUUAUU